GCGGGCGGGGCCUCUGGGGCGGAGCGGCCACCAUCUUGGAACAGGAGGCGGAGCAGAGCCGACUGGGAGCGACCGAGCGGGCCGCCGCUGCCGCCAUGAACCCCGAAUAUGACUACCUGUUUAAGCUGCUUUUGAUUGGUGACUCGGGCGUGGGCAAGUCAUGCCUGCUCCUUCGGUUUGCUGAUGACACAUACACAGAGAGCUACAUCAGCACCAUCGGGGUGGACUUCAAGAUCCGAACCAUUGAGCUGGAUGGCAAAACCAUCAAACUGCAGAUCUGGGACACGGCUGGUCAGGAGCGGUUCCGGACCAUCACUUCCAGCUACUACCGGGGAGCUCAUGGCAUCAUUGUGGUGUAUGACGUCACCGACCAGGAGUCCUAUGCCAACGUGAAGCAGUGGCUACAGGAGAUCGACCGCUAUGCCAGCGAGAAUGUCAACAAGCUCCUGGUGGGCAACAAGAGUGACCUCACCACCAAGAAGGUGGUGGACAACACCACAGCCAAGGAGUUUGCAGACUCUCUGGGCAUCCCCUUCCUGGAGACGAGUGCCAAGAAUGCCACCAACGUUGAGCAGGCGUUCAUGACCAUGGCUGCUGAAAUAAAAAAGCGGAUGGGGCCUGGGGCUGCCACCGGGGGUGAGCGACCCAACCUCAAGAUCGACAGCACCCCUGUGAAGCCAGCUGGUGGCGGCUGUUGCUAGAAGGGGCACGGGGGUGGGACAGGAGGGGCACCUUCUCCAGAUGAUGCUCCUGGAGGGGGCAGGAGGUGCCUCCCUCUCCUGGGGUAUUUGAGUCUGUGGCUUUGGGGUGUCCUUGGCUCCUCAUCUCCCUCUGGCCCAUCUGCCUGCCACCCUGAGCCUCGGUUCUACCCGGGCCCCCGAGGGAGGACACCCAGGACCUGGGGCUGGGGCGGGGGCGGGCCUUGCUCUGCGGCGGCCUCUAGGUGACUAAAAGAUCCCCCACCGUUCACUUUUCUUUGGGAUGAGGGCCCCUCUGUCUGUCUCCCUCCCCGGGCCCCCUGUAUGCUGCAGUGGGUUUCUCUCCUUAUUCUUCUUUUCUCCCCUGCCCGACCCUUCCCCACAAACUGAGGGCCUCCCUGGCCUCUACUGCCCCAGGCUGAAGUCAGUGCCCAGGGUCAGAAAUGGGACCGGGGGACCAGGACCUGGGAUCCAGGGUCCUAGGUCGGACCUCAGGAUGGGCAUGGGGGUUACAGGGGUCAACAGCCCCCCCUUUCGCCACCUCCCUACUGCUCCUCCCACCCCUCCCACACUCACAGCUCCAGCCGUCCAGCUACAGUGAGGUCUGAGCCCAUCUAGUGCAGGUGGGCGGGCAGCCGAGCUGGGCCUGUGUCUUGUGCCCAGAGGGAGCCUGCUCUUGCCACCCCCUGCCCUGCCAGAGCCAGGCCCAUGUGCUGCCUGCCCACCGUGCCCCUUUGUCCUCGAGGCAGGCGGAGGUGGAAGGCGCACCGUGCCAGAGGCUGGGCACCAGCCUUAACCCUCACUCUGCCGGCACCUCCUCCCUCCCUUCCUUGGAGCCUACGAGGGCAGAUCCUCGUCCUCUGUUGCUACUUCUCUGGGGAAUAUGGGUGCAACCCAGGGUUGGGGGCCUCUCUUCUCACCCCCUCCCACCCAGGAUCCUAGCCCCUGGCCCUCUGGCACAGCUUCUUCCUGCAAAAAACAAACCUUUGGUCUCUACCUGACAAGCCAUGUCCCUUGUGCUGUCUCUCGCCUGUCCCACCUGUGCCCUGCCUUCCAGCUUGUAUUUAAGUCCCUGGGUCGCCCCUUAGGGUGCCCCCCUCUCCCAGGUUCCCCUCUGGUGUCAUGUCAGGCAUUUUGCAAGGAAAAGCCACUUGGGGGAAAGACAGAAAGGACAAAAAAAUAAAUUUCCACUGGCCCUCGGGUGAGCCGAGGGUUUUUGCAAGGAA